UGUAGUGUGUAUAAAUCGAUAUCUACGGGCCCGGUUCCUAACCAAAACUAGGCAUAUCCACUUUUAAAUUAUGCUACCAAACUAGUUUGCGACAUUUAAAUGCAGGUACAAAAUGAGUGGCCCCAGUUCUCCAACAGAAAUUGUAGCGACAACAACCUCCUCGUAUGAGCAACAGGUCAUCAUUGAUCUGCAAACACAGCUGAGACAACUGGCCCAGCAGAACCGAGAAUCGAUCGCGAAGGCACUGUCAGCUACCAAAGCUGCAGAGACAACCUCUGACAUGUCUUCCCAAGCAAACUGUCCCAAGACCACCCACUCCUCGACUGUCACCACCUCUCUCCCUCCAACAACUGAUGCAGCUAGCUUGCCAUCACAAACCUUGCCAGCCACGUCUCCGUUAGGCACCCAACCUCCACCAAUCAUGACAGACGUCAGUGCCGACUCACCCGAUCAGUAUUCACUCACUUCAAGCGCAUCCAGCCCGGCCAAAUACACCAGCGCUGCCCCCACUGACCCCGUGGCUGUGCCAAGAGUUGACAGCCAUCACAGAAUACAUUCUGCCGGGGGGUUGGUCACAACAGAACCAUUCAACCCACAGAAGAAAGACCUCACUACACCUGAGCUCCCAGUCACCAACCCUGCUAGAAAAAGCCUGUUGGAAAAGCAGCUAGAGGACACCAAGACGCAGGUCUUCCACCUUGAUGCAAAACUGAAAGAGUGCAAUGACAUCUGUGAGAAGCAGAAGCUUCACUUUCGGACAGCCAUCGUGGAUCUGCAGACCAAACUGAACGACACCAUCGUGGGCAGGAACUCGGUGUUAGAACUCAGACGAAGAGAAGCUGAGAGCCAGGAGAAGCUCGUCAACCAGCUCCAGGAUACCUUUGCCGAUGUGGAGGCAAGCAACCAUCAACAAGCACAGGUUCUUCAAGACGCUAGCAACCGAGUGUCCAUCCUGCACCAAGAACUACAAGCCUGCAAUGCCACACUGACCCAGGUCAUGCAGCUAACUGUUCACCAUGCUGCCCAUCGAGGGCUCACUCUCAGCCACAAGACAAACUACUCUGGCCCCAUGGAUUCUGAGCUAGUUGCAAACACACUGAAGGAGGUGCUGGAGUUCUAUGAGAAGGAGCUAGAUGGGAUGAGGCAGAAGAUUGGGAAGGCGGAGCUUGAACUGACGGAGGCGCGGGAACAGUUUACUGAGAGGUGGAGAGAGAAUGGGGAAGAACAGAAACAAAUGCUGCGCAAUCUGCGCGAAGAACAAGAGAAGCAGCUGAAUGCAGCCAACGAGAGGGCUCAAAACGCUCGAACACAGACUCUGAGUUUACAGUCACAACUGGCACUGACACAGGAGCAAAUGCAGAAGCAGUUGGAAGCGAAGACAGAUCAAAUAACGGAAAUGCAACACACACUGGAAACACUACGUGACGAGGCAAAGAACGCUAGGGAAGCCCUGCAGACAAAGUGUGACACACUGUCUUUGGAUCUAGACACUGAACAAAAGCAAAACAAAGCUGCUGCAGGAGAGAAGAACCAACUACUUGAUCAAGUGCAACAACUUGAACAACAGCUACACGAUGCAAAAGAAUCUGCAGAAAAAGCCGAGGCAGACAUAGAGGCUUUGCAUGAGGAGAAUAACCGACUGUCCAGCCAGGAGGAGGAGUCUAGCAUCAAGCUGAAUGCCCUCCAGAGCCAGCUGGAGCGCAAGGCUAGCGAGUGUGAAGAGCUCGGCAGGCUGGUGGAGGAGGUUAAGCUGGAAUCGGCCAGGCACGAAGAGGAACGGGUCUCGGAAGUAGAGGCAAAAAGUAAGCACCGCAUUGUGGCCCUGACUGACGACAUGACGACACAGCUCAGUCACAUCACUCAAAGGUGCGAGAUGCUCAUGGAAGACCUCAAACAGAGAGAAGACGAACUGGAAAAGACUUUCAAAUCCAAGGAGGAUUUGGUCAGAAAUCUUGCAGAGGUUCAGCAAGAACUCCAGCAGGUAACGUCGAAGAAGGAUGACGCGAUGUCAGACCUUGAUAAGAUGGGACAGGAGCUGGAGGCGACAAGGAAGGAGAAAGAGAAAUUUGUCAAUUUGUUGGAGGAGAGAAACCUUGAGCUGAGGUCUGCGCAGAGUUUGAGAGAUCAGCUGCAAGUUCAGGUGACUGAGAAGGAAGAACAGUGUAGCAGGCUUCAAGAGCAGACGUCCAGCAUGACUCAGCUGGCUGAGGUCACCAGGAAAGCUAACGAAGAUUGGACGCAGGAACGAACGCAGAUGAAGGAAGUACUGGACAAACAAGCCAAGGAGCUGCAAGACUCCAAGCUUCGUCAGGAGAGCCUGGCCAGGAAGCUGAAGAUACGAGAGAAGAGAUUGCGGAGUUUGGAGGAGGACAAGAGGGGACUUGAGGAGCAGGCUCAAGGCACGGCCAGGGAGUCUGAGACGGCGGCAAGGAGCAGGGAAGAGCUGAAGACAGAGCUGCGACAAGCUAAGACUCAGGUGGAUUUGAAGUCUAUAGAAGGAGAGAAACUAAGAGCCAGUCUACUUGAGAUGGAACAGAGUCACCAGCGAGAGGUCCGCAGGUACCAGUCCAAGAUGGAGGGACUACAGAGGGAGUUGCAGACAGCACACAAGACUAUCAAGGCUACAGCUUCCGUAGACGGCAAAGCUAUCCGAGUCGCUGAGAGCAUGCAGAAACAAGUCACAGCCAAGCGUAGCGAGAUUGACAUGCUGCAGAGUGAGCUUCACUGGCUGAAUGAGUGUCUAGAUGUCCUCAGAAAGGAAAAAUCAUCCCUGGUCGUUGAGCGAGAUCGCUACAAGGCCCAGGUGUCCGAGUUGACGAAGAACAACCAGAACUUGCUGAAGGAACAAGAGAAGGUGAAGGACAAGAGAUCAGAGCAGAGCUCCGUCGUGGCAAAACUGGAAGAAUCUUUGAAAAAGGCAGCUAAGAGGCAUGCUGAGUGUCAGACAGUCAUAGGGAGGCUGGAACAAGACGUAGUAAGACUGAAACUCAAGCACCAGCUAGAAAUCAAGGAACUCCAGAGAGCGUCAAGUCGCCCUAGCCCCUCGGCAAGCAUUCCCUCCAAACCAUCCAGCCCUAAAGAUUCCCCGACUCAAGGAACGGCCGCAUUAACAAAUAGAGCCAAUAAUAUUACAGCAAACCAGAACAGAGUCAAACUUAAUACAGCAAACAGCAAAGACUCCUGGCAUCUCAAAAGAACUAACAUGGAUUCGAAAAAGGAACUUGCUAGUAAUGCAGCGACUCGCACAAGAGAAGCCACUAUUAACAAUGAUUCAAGACUUGAUGAGCAUCCACGCAGAGAUUUGCCCAAGUCCGUUGUGCAUUUGAAUCCCCUGGUCGCCAGUGCUGUAGUGGAGAGAGACAGGAUUCCGUCUCAGGGCAAGGAGACUCAGACAAGUCUACUGCAUAAAAAUGAACUGGCCAAGCUUCUGACAGAUGGAGAGCUGCAGUCCCUCCUGCUUGAGAUGUACGGCAUCGUGUCUGGUCAGCCCAAGCUUUCCAGAUCUACAAGUCGGUCUGCAAGAGUAGUUCCGUCCCCUGACAAUCCAGCUUAUUCAGUAAGCACAUUGCAAGAAGUUCAGGAGACGAACACUAAAGAAUCGGGCUACAUCACAACACCCAUGACAAGGCAAGGAAAAUCAGGUAUGACGGCACCGCUGCUUACCUCCUCCCCAGUGAGGGAAGAUACCGCACCAAGGACCCAAGAGUUGAGCCUUCUUUCCUCCGUCCCAGCCGUGCGGGACAGUCCCCGGACCACCCCGGAACCAGACUUCCUGCUCAGACCACAGUCUCCCGUCUCCGAUCUGCUGGGCGUCAGUCCCCAUGGCGAUCAGAAUCACCAUAGCAACAACAGCAGUAACCACAAUACUAGUCAUCAGUCGGGUUCCUUUACAAUGACCUCCUUUGAAAGCCUACAGAGAAACAGGGCACCAGAGUUUGGUCUUGAUUUGAGUGAGAACAACACUACACUUCAAAGUGGUCUGGGGUCCUCAAUUAGUGAAGGAGACCUUGACAUGAGGGUCCAGAAUGACCAGCUGAAGCACUUACAGGAUAAGCUACAAAGGCUCAGCAAAAUGGGAGGACAUCUGCAGAAAGAAAACACAGAUAUGGCCAUCAUGAUUAAGCGUCAAGACACAAGGCUCAAGAAAUGCCGAAGGCAAGAACAGAGCAUCCAGCAACUCGCCAAGAAAGGCCGAUAAAAUCUCAAACAGGCACUUCAUCUCUAAUUGUCUUAUUGAGUCCUUCGCAAAAAUUUGAUCUGUUCAAAACCAGCUUUGUAACAAAUUACAUGUUGCAUGGUGUCAGUGCGUGUUAUUUUUUUUCUUUGGUAUUAAUAAAUGUUCAACUUGUAUGUUUUAUUCAAACCAAAAAAACAUCUGCAACUCUCCUGAAAAAAAAAGUUGUUUGUUUUGGGCAGAAACAGAUCCGUUGUGCAAGCAGACUGGCUCCUGCCCAUGCAUUAUCAAUAUUGAUUUUGGGGCGGGAACCAGCUUAGCCAACAAGAGUGGAAUUAUUGUGUGGCAGCCACUUAUUCAAAAUUGUAAAGUAAUAAUUCAAUAUUUAUAAGAUGGAAGGGCAAAAACCUAUUGCAUAAUUCAAUAACUAAACAUGGGCCAAUAUCUUUUAGUCGAUGUCUCACUCAAAGGUGAAUAAUUUUUGUUUUGCUAGAAAAAUAGCAAUUUGGAAGGGGAUUCUCUGGUUUUCGGGAAGAAACUCGAAACAUAGCACAAUGAACACAACUUUAAAGAGGGGAGGGGAUCAAAUUGAUAUAAAAUGGUUAACAAGUUCUUUUUACUUGGGGUCUUUUGACAGGCCAUUCCGUUGUUUUGAAAAGCUUGUUGAAAAAACCUCAAAAGUCUUACUCGGGUGGGAUUUGAAUGUUGCCCAGGUCAUCUGUCAAGCUUGAAGGCGUCAUGCCUGAAAAUUUGAACAUUAUGGGCAAAGUUUUCGAUAUUUUAUAUUUCCAAUUGACUACCAAUGGAAAGAUAACACUGACAUGAAUUAGAAAUCUUUGAAGUGCAGUUUUCACUAAGUUUGGAUGCAAAACAUUAUUUGGAUUUGGAUUUCCUUCAUGACCGUAACCAAGAAUAAAGUAACCACUAAUUUAUUUCUCAAGUCAUGCACACAUCAUUCUAGUCUCAUCGUGUGAACGUUUUCAAUGUGCAAUAAAAAAAAAACACUUUUAAGCAGGCAACAAACGCUAUGGGUAGACACCGGAGGGACACUGUUCUUAUUGUUUCUUUGAAGUAUUGUGGAAAAAAAUCUACGAAUAAAGUGUACAAAGUAUUAAAUCAUGUGCCGUGUGCAUA